AACAGCAACAGGCGUGGCGGCGUCCGGAGCGUACAGACUCGCACCGUGGCCGGUCGCGCAGUCGCAUCUGCUCGAGUGCAUCUGUUCGCUGCCCGGAAGAUGGCGCGCGUCCAGCCGAUGCUCGGUGAUCGUCUGCCGGCUGCUGUUGCCGCCUCCGCGUCAACGGAUGCCUCCUGCUGCUCGUGCUCCCGCUGACUGACUCUUCGCUGGACCGAUUCCUGAUGCGGAACGGAGGGCGCGUACGCGGUGAUCAUCAUCGUGCCCCGCUGGGUGCCAGACAACGGGAUAACGCGCCGUCUUCACUCUCUCUCUCUCUCCAGUUGACUUUCGGACUCUGCAAAGCGCGGCUUCUUAUCUGGCUCGUAUGUAGUCGUCGUCUGCUUGGUGCUCGUGCACACUACACCGUUAGCCAUGCACAACCACUGCCAAGUUUCGUCGUCUUCGCUUCGGGAACGACGUCGUCUGUGCCCGCUGCCGAAACGAUUCGGCACUUUGACGACGUGAGGCCGUCACUUUGAGCUGCUGGCGAGUCGAUCACGCUCAGUUUUCUGACUCUGCUCGAUUUUCGAGCCAAGUGCACCCGCUGCGCGCUUUGGCAUUCUUGCUCGUCGAACCUAGAGGGAAGCCGAAGAUGUCGACGAAAGUGUCACCGUCGCUGCUGCUGCUUCUCGCAACUAUCGUUGUUUCAGUGCACGCCGGCAGCCACCGGAGGCACGGCCACGGGCUGGGCUGUCGCCGCUGCCCGCCGGGCUCGGCCGUGCUCCGCCCGUGCGGCCACGGCGUGGACACCGAGUGCUCGCCGUGCCGGCCGGCCCAGUUCCAGCCGCACCACUCGUACCGGCGCCACUGCCUGCCGUGCUCGCGGUGCGGCCGCGGCCUGUUCGAGGCGCACCCGUGCAGCCCGACCCGGGACGCCGUGUGCGACUCGUGCCACACGCUCGUGCCGGGCCCGCACUCGGAGGACUAUUACGCGAAGUGCGGCAACGACACCAUCUACACCGUGUCGGCGCCGACGUCGGACGAGUACGACGGCGACGAGGGCGACCUCUGGGACGGCGGCGACGGCCAGCCGGGAGACGCGAUGCUAGUCAGGGACGAGCUCACGCACAUGAGGCACGACGAGGAUCGUCCGCUGUCCCUGGAGCACCAAGUGCGGCUCCACGGAGUUCACUCGAAGUUGCACGCCACCAAGCACGGCCACCAGGGCGGCGUAGCAGGAGUGGGCGACAGUGGCGCCACCGUUGUCACGGCCGUGGUGUCCAUCUGCGUGCUGGCUGGACUCUUGUUCUCCGUGGUGCUCAGUAGGUGGAGGACCAACGGCGCAUCGGAUUCGCCUGCUCCCCGAAGGAGCAAACAAAGCAAACAUGGCUACGUUGUGGUGGCCCAGUCAACUUCCGAAAAUUCGUCACCUGUUUAAGUUCGUACAAUUCAACACAUCGUGCAGCAUUCAUGGCUACCAGUGAAUUCGACAAACUGCAUUCAAUCUCCAGUGCAACUGGUUGUGUAGCUGGACACGUAUACAAGCGUGCGCUGCUAGUGAGUAGCCCGCGGCGAAACCUUCAUUCCAAGCUACGUCAGAACGAACUGCUUGCAAGACGCUUGGAACGUGGCGAUGCCGUCAAACUGAGUGAUCGUGACUGCUUACGAUGUUUCGGAAGCCUGUUGACGCCCCACUUUUGUCCCCGCCCAUCUCUUCGAAACCUGUGCUGCUCCACAUUGACGCAUUACGUGAGCGUCCAAGUGAGAAGUCGUCUGGUGAUCGACGAUCCCGUUAGAACUUUUGAGAGUCUGCUGAGUUCGACGCGUCCCGUUCCCAGCGAGUACGAGCCGGCUGUUCUCAAGUGGUCUCGAGAAAAAACGCCCAACCGCUUGUGUGACUGUGAAGUGCGACGCAUACAAAGGAGGAAGACGAAAAAAUAGUUAACAGGGACGACAUAUGCUUCAGAUUGUGUUGUGUACGCCAGAGUUGUACGUUUUGCCUUGAUGCGAAAUCGUCGUCCCCUCGGUGGAGCUCCUCCCCAUGCGAUAUGGGUAUUCGAACAGUCGUCACUGUAUGACUCACGUUGUUCUUACGUAUAAGACUUAGCCGAACUACAGCUCUUGAUGUAGCGCAGGACGUGGACCUUCGCCGGUUGCGAGAUGCUUGCCUUGAGGGACGAUAAACGCAAGACUGUCGGUUGCCACUUAAUGAAUGUACGCGGCCUGAUUGCUGUGAAUAGUUGCUUUAAUGUCCUAGUAUUUCAAUUGUAUUCGGCGAGCCACCGCGUUUAUGUCAUUCCAUGCAGUGUCGAUAGAGCGACGUUACCCAUUCUUGUAAAGCUUGGACCACUAUCAUUUCGUAUAGAACCAGGCGGAAAAGCAGGAACGCAUGAAGAUUCGGAGGCUUUAACUUUAUCGUUUAGUAUAAUAUUAUCAACACUAUUCACCAACAGAAAACAAACAUGCUUAAAAGUGUACUCAAUUGCAUACGUAGGACAUACAUACUUGUACUUCCGACAGCGUCAGCGUGUCUUGUCGCGAAAAUGCUUCCGAAAUGCUGGGAAGGGAAGUGAGGUACCUCUAGAAGGAUCUAAAUUUGGGCGAGUUGGUACUGGCUGAACAUCUUGAAGGGGCGGGAACAUCCUGUGUGUUCCUGCCUUCUGUCUUCGUCGUUUUUCGCCACCCCUUCAAGAGGUACCUCUAAUUUAGUGUUUACUAAGUCGUCCUAAUAGGUCGAUAAUGAUGCAGCUAAGAAAGAAAUCCUUUUAGGAACACACAUCGCGUUAUGAAUACUACUUCAUCACUGCCAGUCUUCACACAGGAACACUGAGCAAUUGUUUUAUGUGACGUAUGUAUAUAUCUAAUGUACCAUAGCUCUCAGACAGCGUCAAGCUGUCUUGCAACAGAAACUGAAUGGUCAAAUCUAUUGAAGAAAGCGAUGAUAUGUAGAGUUAGGAGUUUUGUAACCUCUGAUAUUGCCUGUAACACAGCUUAGAAUUGGCAUCAUUCCAGACGCAUACAUUACGCCAUGCAUACUAUUAUGUCACUGACAGGCUCUGUUUUAUUGCCGGGUCACGUUUCCAGGCACUGUUUAAGACCUCUAGAUAACAUCCGCAGGACUACACAUCUGCUUCUCUGAGCUAUAAUCACCUGCUGUGUACAGUACUGAAGGCUGUAUGAAGAAGGGGUGACAAGGAUGUUGCCUGAAUAAUCUGCUUGUGUGGCGAAGUCACCGUUUCUUCUUUUUUUUCUUUGAUUUGUGAUGCGAAGCACCUGGGGUUCCACGUGCUCAUCGAAAGUGGCGAAGGUGUUUCUCUUUUUUUUUUCAAGCAGAGUGAACAUCCUCGCCAGCUGCUCUAUGAAGCUGGCACGCUGAAGGCGUGAGCCAUGCAAGCACAUUAUACACGGGACCCAGCGUCCGAGCUUAUUACGUUAUGUUACACGUUCGUUCAUUGAAGGAAAUAUACAUUACCUAUGCUGUUGCGAAAUCUUUAUGCGUGUUUAUUAUUCUUUAUGUGCGUACGUAGUGUCAGCAUACACGCAAGCGCUAUGUCCCUGGAACGAGUGUCGUUACCUACUACGCACAAACACCAUUCGCGUAUGUUGUGCAGGAACCUCUUUCUGUCUUUUUUUUAAUGGUCACCCGUAUUUUGUGUAUGCCUUACAAGUUGUAGGUGUGACAAACGAUCUCAAAUCCCAAUCCAAGAAGUGCAUUUUGUUCUUUGAUCACGACCACAUAGACAUUGCUUUUUUUGUUGUUUACUUUCUGCCAGAUCAUAAAGAUUCUACCGCUUUUCACGUAAUCUCACCCUGUGGUGAGAUGGUCUGACUAGAACAAGGGGAAAGUGCUGGCCGUGUCACCUAAAAACAAACGACGCUUCAUUGGCCUUAUGUUUGCGAUAAGUGGAUUUGUGAAAUAGUGAGCUGUCACGUGAACGGCUAAGUUUUUCCCACAGUAUAAAUAACGCUAUCUAGCUUAUGUGAGCUCAGAUUGCAUCGGUACAGUUAGAAAUGAUUGCUGAUGAUGUGGACUGCACCAAUGAAAUAACAUUCAUAUAUAUUAACAGCAUUGAGGAACUCCGAAGUCAGGUAUACGUUACAGCCUAUACUGGGUGCCCUGGCUAAUGUUACCACAGCUUUCAAAAAAUACAAAUUGGAUCCCCGCACGCGGGCGCAACCGAUACAUUGUUGCGCACCGUCACCUUCAGAUACUUACUGCACUCCUUUUAUUCUAUGAGAUUCGUUAACUAUCUCGGAUUACUUAACCGACCUAAUGAUUUAAAUUGUUCGCGUACGUUAAUAUUGUUCGGGCUAUGUUACAUUUUAUACGGUCUUUCUUUUGACGCAUUGAAUAGGAAGAGCCGGAUAAACUGACGUGAAUCUUGGGUAGUUAUUAAAUUAUAUUAUGUAGAAAACCACCCUCAGCUGUGCAAACUAGCGGAAAAAGACGCUGCACUAGAUUGCUCACUGCAGAUUGUGUCGGCAUCUUUCAAAUUCUUAAGCAUACUUCAACUGUUACACGCUGUGCGUAGAAGGAGUUGCCUUCGAUAUCACCUCUUCGCGACAUUGUGGUUCAGUACCAAAUCAAGUAUGCCCUUUCAGCUCUGUCAUGCCUAUUCUAUGCAGGCUGCUUAAACAUUGAGUCGGGGCAUACAAUACUUUCACGCAUCUGCAGAGUCCACGAUGAGACCUCGACUAUGCCGCUGAAUUACGGGAUGAAUGGGAGGAGAGAUUGCAAACUCUAAGUCAGCUGUACACGACGCGAGUGCCGAGUACAAAGCUUUUGCGCCCGUAUAUUAUGUAUUUUUCUCUCAUAGUAAAGUUCUUUACCGUGC